AUGGCAUACCGCAAAGUCAGUGGAGCCCAGAGGGCACAAUACCUCGAUCAUGAUGACCUCCAAGCCACUUCCCUGGAGCUAGAAUGGGACAUGGAGAAAGAGCUGGAGGAGCCUGGCUUUGACCAUUUCCAGCUGGAUGGGGCAGUCCACCAAGCAAUGGGAAGCACUCAGAGAACCGACUUGGACCUGGAACCUGUUCAGCCAUCAGCAUCUCCCAAAGGAAGGUUCCAAAGGCUUCAGGAAGAUCCAGAUUACAUCUCACAUUAUACAAGGCCUCCACCAAAGAGCAACCGCUGCAGCUUUUGCUGGAUAUUUAAGCUAUUUUGCACAGCUAUGUGUUUAUUUAUUAUUGGGAUUCUGAUAGGCCACUAUGGUCAUGCACAAUGCCCUCCUUCCCCUACCCCUUCAGAGCCAAGUGAUCCUCACUUCAGCCAGGAAAUUUUGAAAGAACUCAAAGCAGAAGAUCUUGCACAAAUUUUCAGAGAUCUGAUGCAGCUUCAUGGAAAAGAAGAUAGAGAUGUUGCAAAGAAGCUUCUGGUUCAGUGGACAUCCUAUGGCCUUGAAGAUGUCCAACUCGUUAAUUACUCUGUCCUACUUGACCUGCCAAGCUCUUCUCCAAAUACAGUGACUCUGAACAACACUGGGGAAUGCUUUUAUGCCAGUGGACAGCGAUGUAACAAGGAUACCGCAAACCUCCACAGUCAAGACCUUCUGUACUCCUAUGCUGCUUACUCCGCCAAAGGAACUCUCACGGCUGAAGUAAUUGAUGUACAGUACGGGACUGUAGAAGAUUUACUCAGGAUUCAAAGAAUCGCAGAUGUAUCCAGAAAAAUUGCGCUUUUGAAGCUAGGACAUUUGCCUUUGCUGUAUAAGCUUUCUCUGCUAGAAGAGGCAGGUUUUGGAGGUGUUCUUAUUUACAUUGAUCCAUGUGAUUUACCAAAGACUCAAAAUCUGAGCAGUACAGCAUUUAUGGUGUCCUUAAACAGUGGGGGUGACCCUUCAUCACCAGGAUACCCAAGUAUUGAUGGAAGCUACAAAGAGAGCCGAACAAACCUCACUUCUCUAUUAGUCCAGCCUAUUUCCCUGAUGCUGGCCAGGAAGCUGCUGUCCUCUCCUGCAAAAGAAAGUGAAAAUGAAGCUUGCAAGCCCCUGGAAAUGCCUGCUACAGAAAGAACAAUCAUCACUCUGAAUGUCCAGUCUCAGCCAACGUAUAAGACAAUGUCCAAUGUUAUUGGAUAUUUAAAAGGAGCUACAUUUCCCGAUAGAUAUGUUAUAGUUGGCAGUCACCACAGCAGUUUAUUUGGUUACAGCAGUCAGCAGUGGGCUCACGGCACUGCUGUGAUGACUGCCUUCAUCCAAGUCUUGAUGCUGAAAGGAAAGAAAGGCUGGAGGCCUGAUCGGACCAUAAUUUUCUGCUCAUGGGGAGAAACCUUGUUUGGCAAGAUUGGCUCCUAUGAAUGGGCAGAGGACCUCAAGAAAGUUCUCCAGAAGAAUGCGGUGGCGUAUGUGAGUCUCCAUGACCCAGUGAGAGGCAAAGCAAUCUUGCAAUCCAUAGCUUCACCUUCCCUUCAGCAACUGGCAACCGAGGUUAAAAAGAAACACAACUUCAGCUGUCUUGGGCAAGAAACAUGCAUGAAUUCCAAUGUCACUUCUGUACAAAUGCAAGGAGAUGCGGAUUAUUUCAUCAACCAUCUUGGGGUCCCAGCUCUGCAAUUUUCUUACCGGGAUUCGACGGCACUAGAGACUACAAGCUUUCUCUCUGAAGCCCUUUUUCCUGCGCAUUCUACCAUAUCUGAGGAGCUGGAUUCUUCCUUUAGCCUGCAUGAAUCCAUUGCAAAGCUAACAGGAGAAGUUAUUCUGCAAAUUGCCAACAACCCUGUUCUGCCCUUUAAUGCCCUGGAUAUUGCAUUAGAAGUUCAAAAGAGCCUUCAAGCAGGGGAACACCAUAACGUUGACCAUUUGCUAACAAUGACCUAUGCUCUGAGGGAGAGUGCGCAGUUGUUCCAGUCGGAUGAAAUGCGCCCAGCCAAUGACCCAAAGGAGAGAGUGCCCACCCGCGUAAGGAUGCUGAACGAUGUCUUACAAAGCCUCGAGAAAAACUUCUUGGUUCCACAAGCACCUCCAGGAUUUUACAGAAACAUCCUUUACAGACUGGAUGAAAGGACAUACCAAUUUUCAGUACUGCUAGAGGCGGUGGAACACUGCAAGCUACAUCAGUCAAAUGAGACUCUCCCAGCCACCUUGUCAAAAGUGCUCAACAGCUUCAAUUCAGCUCAGGUUUAUUUCAAAGCAGGACUCGAUGUCUUUGAGGCUGGCUUAGUGGGAAGCCAAUGA